AAAUGGGUGCCCGGGGCAACCGUUCCGGCUGCCACAACAAAGGAGGCAAGCCCCAAGCCCCCCCACACACACAUAUCCCCCCUAACACAGUGAGCACAUGAAAAACUUUCACUUAAAAAUGUCACACAAGAGGUUCUAUGUGCGCCUGGAGCUGCAACUGCAUGCGCUGACUUGUCCGGGCGUUUGGCUGUGCUCCCACGGCUACCUGGAGGCCACCAUCAAGACGCUGGGCUACUAUUUCCGCACUGGGGCGAUGGAGCCGCGCUUCCCGAUGCUCUGCCACGACACAUUCAAAAUGGAAGGCUACUUCAAGAGCGUCGGCUCGCUGGAGGAGAUGCACGAGCUGCUGAGGGCGGAGCAGCUGCAGAUUACCAUCUGGCAGAAUGGGCGCAGGUUGGCCUACUUCCUGGGCUCCCUCUCGGACGUGAUGCAGCCCACGGUGCCGCGCUUGAGUUGUGCCCACAGCUCCAAUGUGCAGCUGCUAAUGAAGGCAACGUCGGCAUUUCCGGGCAUACUCGCGCCCAAGGUGGAGCUGUCGGCGCAAAUGACAACGCAGGACCGACAGAGCGGAUGCAGCUGCUCCAGCCUACACCAGAGAGGACGUCCGCCGGUCAAUCGUCACGCGGAGAGCCAUUGCACGAGUCGCCUGGAGCAGCCGCGCAAGCAGCAAACCGUUUGCCAUGCCAAGAAAUCGAAUUGCUGCAGCUACUCGGGAGUGACCACAAGCGGCAGUGGGGCAUCUACAGAGCAGCAUCAGCAGCACAGGCGCCUCUCCACGUGUUCGGGUAGCACGCAGAUUAGCAGCGUCAGCCAGAGCUCCUACCUGACCCACGACAGCCACUCGUUCUGUUCCGAUCCCGCAGAUGAACACGAGGCAAGCUGCGACAUUUGCCAAAGCUACAGGCGCAUCUUUGACGCUUAUUAAACGGUUACACGGCACACGAAAG